GGCAACUAUCAGUUUUUUUUCACAUCAUGGCGAAUAUUUGAAGAUUUCCAAUAUUCAUUGAGCUAACUUCAUUAGCGCGCUCAACAACAUGGAUUAUAUAACUAUUGUGAUAUUAUAUCUUACCGUUUGUGGAAGUUUGUAUUUAUGUUACUGUCUACGUUAUACUAUGUUGGGGCACGUUUUGAAAUUUCUACUUUGGAAACCAUUGUCCAUAAUCUGGGCAAUUAUGCCAUUUGCAGUUAGAAAAAUGAUUUCCGAAACAAUAGUUUGGUUCUUAUUUGAAAGAUAUGGAUAUAUUAACUUUGGUAUAUUUAAAAUUAUAUCUCCACCCUUAACACAUGUGAAUUCAUUUCGUACCGCUGAUCCAGCUACCGCUACUACUACUACUACCACUGUCCUAGGAUCUUCUAUGGAAAUACCGGACAAAUCAGAUAUUCAUCUAACACCUAGAAGAGCUGCAGCUGAAAAAGCUUUAGCUGCAACACGUCGUGCUAGUAGUUCUCAUUCUACCAGUAGUAGUACUACAUUGCCUGUUAGUUCAGCAUCUACUACACCGCUGCCAACUCCUCAUUUUAUUGUUAUUGGUGCUGGUAUUUCUGGUUUGAUUGCAGCAAGACAAUUGAAUUAUUUUGGUGCUAAAGUCACUAUAUUGGAAUCUCGUGAUCGUGUUGGUGGUCGAAUAUGGACUUAUAGAAAAGGUGGAUAUCAUUCUGAAUUGGGAGCUAUGGUUGUCACAGGUUUAUCUGCAAAUCCUGUCACAAUACUGGUACGUCAAUUAUCAUUGAAUUUGAUUCCGAUUAAUACUGAUUGUUCAUUAUACGAUCCACAAGGUCAUUUAAUUAAUCGUGAUCUUGAUGAACAAAUUGAAGAAGAAUUUAAUCGUCUUCUUGGAACAGCUGCUUAUGUAUGUCAUACAAAAGGAUUAGAUUCAUUAGUGCUGGAUUCAGGUAUUGAACUACCAUUAUCAUUAGGUCAAGUUGUGGAAUUGUUAAUUAAAUAUCAAGAAAAGCAUAAAAUACAAUUGAAAAUUACCCAUCGGAAAUUAAUCUCACAAUUAUUAGAUCGUAAAAAUUCUCUAUUAGAUCAGAUGGUUGUUGAACGUAAAAAUAUUGAAUUAGCUUAUGAAAAAUGGCAUUUAGCCUCUAUUGCAUUGAAUAAUAAUAAUAAUAAUCAUCAAUCAUCAUCAUCACCAAUUCAUCAGCACCAGCCUCAGCAUCACCAUACACAACCGUUGAAAGUACAAAAUUCUACACCAACUAAUAAUAAAUCUCGUCUACGUAAUGAUUCUUCUGCAUCAUCAUCAUGUUCACCAUACUCGAGUAGUACAGAAUUAGAUGGGAAACAAUUAUUGUUGGAAUCUGUUUCAUCGAAUGGUUCACAAAAAUCAACUGAUAGUAGUAAUCCAAUCAAAUCGUCUACUACUACUACUACUACUACUGAUCCAUCUCAAUCUCGUCCUUCCCUACCAGUAUUUAAUGUGAGCGCACAAUUUGAAGUACGUCAAUUACUUAGUCAUUUACAUGAAGCAUGGAAAAAAUUUCAACCAUUACAAACUGCAUUGUCUCGAGUUAAUAAACAAUUAGAUAUAUUACUUCAAGAACCACCAAAAGAUGUAUAUUUAACCAAAGAAGAACGUUCUAUACUUGAUUGGCAUUUAGCUAAUUUAGAAUUUGCUAAUUCCACUGAAUUACACAAUUUAUCAUUACGUCAUUGGGAUCAAGAUGAUUUAUUUGAAUUAAGCGGUGAUCAUUGUGUAAUACAAGAUGGUUAUGGACUAGUAACUGAUAAUUUGGCACAUUUUAUUACAACUGGUCAAUCAUUAAUAUCAGGAUUAAAAUCACGUGAUCAUAAUCAUUUCACAUUGGGAGCAGCAUCAACAACGGUGACAACAACACCGACUAGUACUGCUACUACUGCUACGACAACAGCACCUUCAUCAUCAUCAUCAUCCUCAUCAUCAUCAUCAUCAGCGUUGACUUUAUCCAAUUAUAAACUUGGUCCUGGUCAUAUUGAAUUGAAAAGUACCGUGAAACGUAUUUGUUAUUCAAAUACAGGUGUAAAAGUCGAUGUACUCAAUUCAGCUUUAAGUCAAGAUGAUUUAAUUGAAUAUGCAGCGGAUGCAUUAAUUUGUACAUUACCAUUAGGUAUAUUAAAAGAAAGUAUUCAACAAAAUUGUAGUGAAACAAGCCAAAAUCAAUUACAAUCUAUAAUGAUGACAAAUGAUGAUACAUCUAUGCAUAAUAAUAAUAAUAAUAGUAAUAAUAAUUUGACAAAAUUAAUUGUACCACGUUUUGAACCAAAUUUACCUAAUUGGAAAAUUUCAGCUAUACAACGUUUAGGAUUUGGUGUAUUAAAUAAGGUUGUACUUAUAUUUGAAAAAAGUUUUUGGGAUCGUUCACAUAAUUUAUUUGGACAUGUGAAUGAAUCAACGAAUUCACGUGGUGAAUUAUUUUUAUUCUGGUCAAUUACAGAUAAACCUAUAUUGAUAGCAUUAGUUGCUGGUCGUGCUGCAUGUGAUUUAGAAGAUGAGAUAACAACUUCACCUAAUUCUACUACUACUACUUCUACUACUACUACCACUACUACUACUACAACUACACGACGUAUAUCACCUGGAAGUAAAAAUCAACAGUCUCUAGCUAAUAAUAAUAAUAACAGCAACAGCAACAACAACAGUACUAGUGCAACAUCAACAUCUUAUCUAUUAGGACGUGGAUUAAAAGAACCAAUUGUUACACGGGCUAUGCAAGUUCUACGUGGAAUAUUUGGUCAAGAUGGUAGUAGUAGUAGUAAUAACAAUACAAAUAGUACUAAUAAUAACACUACUACUAAUAUCACUAAUAAUACUACUAAUAACAACACCAAUAAUAAUAAUACUAAUAGCAAUAAUAAUUGUAAUGGUUUUAUCACAUCACGUAAUAAAUCAGUAUAUGUACAUAUUUAUGAAUAUGAUCAGUUUAUUUAUUCACCGAAAGAAUGUCAAAUAUGUUGUCAUAUAAUUCCAGCUAGAGCGAAACAUUGUUCUCGAUGUGAUCAUUGUGUAUUUCGAUUUGAUCAUCAUUGUGUUUGGACAAAUUGUUGUAUUGGUGGACAAAAUCAUGGCCUAUUUUUAUCAUUUUUAUUCUCUUUAUGCUUAAUGAUUCUUAAUACUUUAUGGUUGAAUUGUCGUAUGCUUUAUUUAUUCUCUAUUCAUGAAAAUUUAUGGCAAGCUCAUUAUUUAGAUGAAUAUGAUCAAAUGCACCCAAUGGAUUGGUUCACAUUGAUACAACAUUUAUUCAUGACAUUUCCACGUGUUCUAGGCAUGACUAGUCUUCUAAUUGUCACUGUCAUCUUACUGAUGCAUUAUUUCACAUUUCAUAUAUGGCUUAUUCUUAUCAAUUCUACAUCAUAUGAAUAUUUUCAACGAAAAAAAUUGAUUCGCUAUCGUGGUGAUCAUGAUGAUCAUGACGAUGAUGAUGUGAAGAGUCGGAAGUCAAUCAAUAAGAACAGGAGAAUAUGUCAUGAUACUCCUUCCUCGCCUUCACGUUCUUCGACCUUGUUCGACACUGACGAAAUGUUGUUAUCGACCAAGAUAAAAUCAAUGACUCCUUCUACCAUAACGCGACAACAACAAUCAAAAUGGAAUCAACAAUUGAAACAUCACAAUUCUUCAAUACGCACAAAUCCGAAUUAUAAUUGUAAUUUUUAUAAUAAAGGUAUAAAAAAUAAUUUAUUAGAAAUAUAUUAUUCAAUGAGUACAUCAAAUUCAUUAAGAGAAUUAAAACAUCGUUUACCUGUACAGAUGGCAUUUAAAACUCGUUGA